AUGCAAUGCUACCAACCUAUGACAACUUCCUUCUUUUUCGGUCUUUUCGACGUACAACGUGCGGAUCAAUAGGAAGAUGCCUGCUGAAGUGAAAACAGCCCCGGCACCGAAGGCGCCGGUCGCCAAGAAGGAAAAAGUGGUUAAAACUAAGAAACUGCCUGCGGUUCCGGAAUCGAAGUUGAAGGCAACUAAAGCCAAGACCAUUGGUCGUCCGGGAGCUGUACGUCGGCGCCGACAGCUGCACGCUGUUAAGCUGCUUCGCCGGCGUCAGAACCUCCUGAGGGCGGCUAAGUAUACUAAGAAGUAUCUGAAAAUGGAUCGUGAAGUCGUGGAGAAAGCGAAGGAGGCUAAGAAGGCCGGCAAUAUUUAUAUUCCGGCAGAGCCGAAGGUAGCCUUCGUUGUUCGAAUUCGCGGUAUCAACAAAGUUGCUCCGAAGGUACGCAAGGUGCUGCAGUUGUUCCGUCUUCGUCAGAUCAACAACGCUACUUUCAUCAAGCUGAAUAAAGCCACGAAGAAUAUGCUUCGUAUUGCUGAGCCGUACAUUACCUACGGAUACCCUACGCUGAAAUCGGUUCGCAGUUUGAUCUACAAACGUGGGUUCGUCAAGCACCGACAUAGCCGCAUUCCGAUCACCGACAACUUUGUAAUUGAACGCAAACUGCGUGCCGGCUACAAACUGCAGUGCGUCGAAGACAUGGUGUACCAGAUCUACACGGCCGGUUCCCUGUUCCGCAAGGUCAACAAUUUCCUGUGGCCGUUUAAACUGAACACACCAACCGGUGGCUGGCGCAAGAAGAACAACCACUACGUGGAAGGUGGUGACUUCGGCAACCGCGAGGAUAAGAUCAAUGAACUUAUCAAACGUAUGAUUUAAGUGAACGUUCAGGAUUGACUGCGAGCGAGUUAUGAAUAAAAUUUAAACAA